GAUACCGUGUGAACAUCUGUAGUGAGAGGUACACCGGAACGUAAACACAGCAGAUUUUUUUCUUCUCCUAAGAGUACAGCACCUUUGAUAUCUGUAUUGCCGGGUAAACGUUUUGUUGUCAAAAUGGCGGCAAAUAAGGAAGCUAUUGCUAUUAUUCUGGAUGUAGGGCCUUCCAUGAAUCAGGCACCACCAGGUGUCAGCACUGCUUUAGAGACAGCUAUUGAGGGAAUUAAUAUGAUACUCCAACGAAAGAUAUUUGCAGAGUCUAAAGAUGAGGUAGCAUUAAUUCUUUUUGGAACUGAAGAAACAGAAAAUCCUCUGGCCGAUGGAGAAAAUUACGCAAAUAUCACUUUAAAAUCUCCUCUGGGCAUCCCGGACUUCAAUUUACUUCAGAUGGUCCAAGAUGAGCUCCAGCCCACAGAGACACCAGGGGACUUUGUUGAUGCAAUUGUUGUGGCCAUUGAUCACCUCCAGCAAGCAACUCAGGGAAAGAAAGGAAUAAGUUCUAGACGAAUCAUCUUAUUCUCUGACCUUGGCAGUCCCUUUGGUGAUCAAGAGUUGGACACAAUUGUUCAUGCCAUGCAGAAUACACAGCCCAAGACUGAGCUGAUUGUAAUAGGGCCAGACAUUCAGGAUGAUGAGGAGAGCAAUGCUGGGGAUGCCCCAAAGAGAGGAGGAGGGGCAGAUGCCCACCCUGAUGGGAAAGCAAAAACAGCACAGCAGAGGUCUGGGGAGAAACUGAUUAAGUACAUCCUGGACAAGGUUGAGGGAGAGUGCUACAGUUUCAGAGAAGCUCUUCCAGCUUUAAGCUACUUUCAAACAAGACAAAUUAAACCAUGGCCAUGGAAGUGUAGGCUAGAGAUUGGUACAGUGGAGAUUCCCAUCACUGGCUAUUCUAAGGUCAAAGAGUAUAAGCUCAAACAAUCCUGGAAAAAGGUCUAUGCCCAAGACACUAACGUAGAACCAGGAACGCUGAGAACUUUUCAUCUGGAUAACGAGGAAGAAACAGAAGUGGAAAAAGAGGACAUGGUUCAAGGUUACAGAUAUGGCAAUACUAUUGUUCCAAUGUCAGAAGCUGAUCAGGACAACAUGAAGUACAAGUCAGAGAAAUGUCUUAAAGUGUUAGGCUUCACCAGAGCCGACUUUGUCAAAAGGUAUCAUUACCUUGGUGACGGUGUGAUAAGUAUUACAGCAGAGAAAAAUGAUGAGGCUGCAGCCAUUGCUUUGUCUGCACUGAUCAAUGCACUGUAUGAAACAAAUUGUGUGGCGAUAGCUAGGAAAGUUUAUAAUGCCAUAGCUGCACCAAGGAUUGGAUGUUUGAUCCCUCACAUUAAGGCCAAGUGUGAGUGCCUUCUCUGGGUAGAGCUUCCAUUUGCAGAAGAUAUUAGAUCAUUUACAUUUGGUUCUCUCCCUUUGUCAGCAGAAGAUGUCAUCAAUAAAAAGUAUAAACCUACAGAUGAACAGCUCCAAGCUGUUGAUGAUUUAAUAACAAGCAUGGACCUGACAACUGCCAUUGAAAACGAUGAUGGUGAUACAGAGGAAGCUCUGAAGCCUAAAUUGACCUUUAACCCUUACUUUCAACGUGUCUACCAGUGCCUACAGCACAGAGUACUGAACCCCCAUGAUCCCUUGCCUGAUUUAUCUCCCCUGAUCACCAGUUACAUGACUCCGCCGGAGAAAGUAGUGAGGGACAGCCAACCAGUCUUGGAACACCUGAAGAAGUGUGUUAAGCUGGAGGUGGUUGAACAGAAACCUAAGACUGAACAAAAUGUCUUUGUUCAACAAAAUGAUGAUGACACACGUGGACCACCUGAGAAGAAAGUCAAAUUAGAUGAAGACUUAGAAGGUGGAAUAAAAAAUAUUACCAAAAUGAAUGUUACUCAGGUAGGGACUGUGACCCCAGUGGAAGAUUUCAAAUCUCUAAUAAGUAGGAGAGAUGAAGAUUUGUUUGAAGAAGCGUGUGAUCAGAUGCAAAACUACAUCCAGCAGAUAGUGUUGCAGUCUUUUGGCCAACAAAAUUAUUCCAAGGCUUUAGACUGUGUGAAAGCUUUAAGGGAAGCAUGUAUCCAAAAAAUGGAGCCAAAUAUAUUCAAUACAUUCCUAACCAAGUUUAAGACCGUUUUGUUGACAAAAAGUAAAAAAGAUUUCUGGGAUCUUAUUUUGAAAGAAAAGCAAGUUUUGAUCACUAAAGUUGAAUGUGAAGAGAGCAGUGUGACAAAAGAGGAACUGGAUCGGUUCACAGCUGAAGAUGUCAAGGAAGAUCAGAGUUCAAGGCCACAGACAGAUGAAACCACAGAUGACCUUUUGAUGGAACUAUAAAUAGUGUUAUUGUUAGUCUAGUUUUUUUUCAAUUUUGAUUUCAUCCCUCAGUUAUGUAAAGUAGCAUAGCAACUUUUCACAGUCAGUCAUGUCAAUCAGUUAAAUACAAAGACAACAGGCUUUAAAUUUUAUGAGUUUUUAUUUAUCUUCCAAACAGCUUUCUUGAAUGUUUGUUUAUCAUUGCAAUGAGAAUCACAUUAGUCAUCUGUCAUAUAAUUUAAAAUUCAUUUCUCCGUCAUUUUAAUUUACUGAAACAUAGUGGGGGAUGUCUUUAGAAAAGAAGAAAAAAAAAUGAGCCUUAAACCUUCAGUGUGUUUCUAAAUGAGGCUUUGCAUUCAGUUUUUCUACUUUCCACGUUGUUGUUUUUUUUAAGAUUCAAGUGUAUUACUUUUUAUCUUGUCCAAACAAAUUUUUUUAGUGAUUUAAAUUUGUGGUAUCUUACAAAGCUUUAAAAUUAGAAUAUUUUCAUCAUAUUUUGUUUGCCUUUUUUUGUUGUCAAGUAUUCAAAUGAUGUCCAGGGUUUCCUGUUUUCAUGUCGCUAGUGUAAUUUUCUUAUACAUAUGGUUCAUAGAUGAUUCUGCCAGGUUACUAAUGCUGAUAUCAGGAAAAUAAAUACCUGAGUUAACUGUUACUACUAUUUGGCAUAUUCUUUCUUCAUUGACAAUAUUUGUCACAGAAUAAUGGAAAUACUAAAUAGGCAAAGCUAGCUUCAAGCUCAAUAAAAAUUAGUGUUCUCUGUACUUUUAAAGAUUUUUAUAGACUUGCAUAACACUGUCAAAACUAGUUACUUAUUGUUUUGUGGUGCAAAUCUACUAACUUUUCUCUGCUCUACUAAGUUUUCAUAAAGCUAUGUGGGUAACUGUCACAUCUGGUCAUUGAAUGGGCCAACUGUUUCAAUAGAGAUGCUAAAUGGGUGAAAAAUGUAUUUUGUGUUGUUUUUUUUUAUUGCGAUUAGACUUCCACCAUCUUGUUGACAUUAAUGAAAGUAUUUAUGGUGAUGAUAAAGCUUACAAUUAUUCUGAUGUUGUUUCUGAUUGUUUAUAAGGCCCAGGGCCCCUCUCUUCAGUAGUCUAUCCAGUUAUCAGUGGUCAACAUGCUGGCUGCAUAAUUCUUUCAACAUCUUUCAAUUAUUUUUUUCUCUUUCUGUGAUCUCUUUGUUGACAAAUGCUUCAAUUUUUAUUGUAAAGAUAAAAUGUAUUUGUGUCAUUUCAUGUACAUAUGGGUGAGUGAUAAGUAUUGCUACUGCUAGAGUUGGCAGUACGAUUAUGUCCAUCACUGAAAGUAAAAACAAAAGGAUAAAUUAUAUUUAGAUGUGAUUCCCUGACAGAACUAUACUGAGUCUAUUGUAAACUCUCAAGGCAUAACUCUUUCAUAUUGUUUUAACUUUAUAACAUUUUACAAAUGUGAUUCUUUUUUACUGCUGUACUACAACAAAAAUAUUUUUAAGGCAAUGAAAAUUUUUUGCCAAAUGGAGCAUUUUCAUAUCAAAUCAAUAGGUUUUCAAUGAAAGUACUUUAAAGUACUUUUUUUUGUGAGCCAACAACUAGGUGUUCAGUAAAAUUACUAUAAAAUCUUAAGUGUUAGUCUUGAAAAUAUAUGUUUUGUUGAGUUAUCUAUUAAAUAUUGUCAUUUUAUAAAUAAUUACAUUCGAGAUUCAGCAAUAAUUGUUUAGUUAAAUGCCACCUAACUUUUGACAAGUACCAUGACCCUAAAAAAAAAAUCCAUCAAAAUAUUUAUAGAUUAUUUCAUUACAUUACAAAAAUAGCAUUUUUAAUUUAUUUUUUUUACUUUAUCAUAAAUUUAUCAAAAUGAAGAGUUACUGUCAGGAGAUUUUUGUUCAACACUCUUUGACAUUCAUUUUGACCCAAUCUAUACUCCCAUGGUUAAUUUUAAGCACUCAUUUUACAUAAAGCUAGUAAAGAUGUCCAAACUAAAGAUAGCAUUUCUGUCACCAAAGCCAAGUUAAAUAGUUAAUCAUUAGCAUAUAGUAAAUUUUUUGAUACAGUUAGCUGCUGUCAUUUUUCAACAUAGUGACUUUUUUUUUUUUUUAGUUUUCUCUAUGAUUUUAAAAUCUCUUUUAAAUUUGUAAAGUUUUCCUUCCUUUAGCUUCCAUUGCAUUGCCACCACAUUUCUCUAUUUCUUUUUCUCAUCUAUACUAUCUUAAAGUAAAAUAUAGUUCCCCCUUUCAGACUUUGGAAUCUAUAGGGCAGAUGAUGUAAAGGUCAUCUGUUUCUGUGGCCUACAGUUAAUGAGGGUAUGAUGUGGCCAGCACAACAACCAACCGCCUUUACUUUUCCCCAACUAAUGUCAGGUACCCAAUAGAGCUGGGUGGACUCAGAGGCGCCCAAAGAUCCCAAAAUUAAAAAUCACAGGAUUUGAAUCUGGUACAAAAGCCAAGUGGUUUACCACUCAGCCACAGCCACUCUCUAAGUGUAUUUGAUUAAUUUAAGAGAUCUUUAUACAAAGAGAAAUUUACUGUGAAUAACUUAGUCACAAAUAUUCGGUUUGGAAUUACCCCAAAAUCAUUAUAGUGAAUGGCGGAACAACUAGUGUAGUCACAAUCUGUGUAACAGUGACUUAUUUAUAAACAAGUUCUCUUUUUGUGAAUCUUUCGGAGUAAAGACUGCACUAAAUUUCUACACUACAAAAUGAAACAAUUAUGUUUUAGUUUAAGCUACUUAUGAUGUAAAGUAGUCUGCAUGGUUCACUUAAGAUUGAGUGAUAUACGGAACACGUGACUGUGUUGGGUCAGAGUAAAUGUAAAAGUAUAUGAUUGUUCACAUUUGUUUGUAAUGUGAUUACUUUUAGGCAGCAUAUGUCCAUUGCAUUCAAAGUUGUUUAUAUUUCUUUCAAAUAAAUAUCUACAAGCGUU